AUGUCUUUAAUACCGCAAAUGCAGAAUUUACAACACCAUCUGGAACCACAGAUUUUUAUUGUGGAAUCAAGCCUCAACAAUGGGAUCAAACAGGGCAUGCUUCUCGAAGUCUGCCACAAAAACAAUCCAGAUAUUUACUGGAUAGCUGAAAUCACCAUGGUCUGUGGCCACGUACUCCGUAUCAAGUUUAUAGGAGCUGAUUCUGAGUUUUGGUGUGACAUUUCCAAUACAAAAGUCCAUCCUUUAGGCUGGUGUGGAAAGUACGAUGAGUUGAUUGAGCCACCAGAUGAAAUAAAUGAAAAGUAUGGAGACAAAAUCAUAGAUAUCAUGAAAAAUGCCUUGCUAAAUGGACAAUCAGUGUCUAUAGAGGCUUUAAAUAACAAAGGAUUGUCACCUAUUGACAGAAUCAAGACUGGAAUGAAGGUGGAAGUUCAGAAUGUUAUUGAUCCAUAUAGAUAUUGGAUUGCUACAGUGUGCGAAAACGUGGGCGGCCGUUUAUUAUUGCGCUACGACGGCUGUGACGAAGACCUGCAGCAAUUCUGGAUAUUCUUCUGCAAUCCAAGGCUGAGCAGUUUUGGUUUUGUUACUAGCAAGGGCUCGCCAUGGCAGUUCAAGUACCCAGGGAAAAUAAAUAAGUUCUCGUGUAAAAACAAACUGAGCGCUCAGUUGCGCCAGAGUGCCGAAGAGUCAAUCAAGGAGCCUACGCCUGCAGAUCUAUUUCAGCCAAACAUCAGUCUGGAAGCGCACAACUUUGUAACCGGCAUGAAACUCGAGGCUUUGUCACCACAUGACAUGAAGACAAUUCGCCCAGCCACAGUUACCAAAGUCUUCAACAAUUUCCACUUUUUAGUUACCAUUGAUGACCACGCCGACGACUACGAGGACUCCAAAAUGGCCUGGCUUUGUGAUUCUAUGCACCCUUACAUUUAUCCUAUUGGUUGGGCCCAAAAACACAAUAUUACCUUUAAAAUCCCGAAGAUUUGGAAAGAAGGGCCAUUUGAUUGGGAUGAAUAUCUCACAAUGACGUCUUCCGUCCCAGCUCCCGAUUACUGCUUCGGAGACAAAAAUCCUUUGAAAGAUAUCAGAGUCGAUAUGAAACUUGAAGCAGUAAAUCCCUUGAAUAUUGAAGAAAUUCAUGUUGCAACAAUCUACGCUAUAGUAGAGCAUAUGGUCUGCGUAGAGUUGACACCUAUUGGCGAAAAGUUCUGGUAUGCCCAGGACAGCGAUUUGUUAUUCCCAGUGGGUUGGUGCGAUAGCAAUAAUUUCGCUUUACAUAUCCCCGAUGUUACCGCUGUUAACGAGGAGAAGGAGAAACCUAAAGUGGAAGAGAAACCUAUAAAGGAAGAAAGGAAAGUUACAGAAGAAUGGUGCGAAAAGAUUUUCUUCAACUACAAAUGUUACGCUGGUCCGUCAAUAAGUAGGAAUAAGUUGUCUCAAUUGCCAAAGCAUGUAGGGCCUGGACCAUUGUCUUUGGUUCUAAAAGAAGUGUUGAAUAAGAUCAUAUCGGCAUCUUACAAGCCUGCAAAGUUACUGAAGGAUUGGGAGACUGAGGGACCACCUGAAGAAGGCAUGCGGCUGGAAAUGCUAAGGGCUAAACUAAAAACCAGCACUUACCACGCCUAUGUCCCCGUAGCUACGACGCUAGAGCAAGUCUCGUCGUUUUGCCGCGAAGUUUGCAUUAAACUGCAGGCCUGUCCCUGCCUCUUCGGCCCCGUAGAGUACUCCGACCUCUGCCCUAAUAGCUGCCAGCAAGUCGACAAGUCCACGUUCCAUAAUUCUACGGAGCGUCGUGGCAGACCAAAAGGCAGCGUCAACGGCCGAAAGAAGAAGAAAAAGGGCCCAGCGGAGAAACGCGAGAAAGAACAACAGCCGUCUCAGGAAACCGAGAGUAACAAAGAUGGGGAAUCAGUUGAGAGUGAACACAGCGCUGGCUCCACGCCGCCUUCCGAAGCCGGCACCAGGCCGAAUUCACCGGACAGCGGUGUCGAAUACAAAAGGACCCAAAGACGGAAACGUCAGCGCAAGAAUAACUACCCCAAAAUGGAAAUGAAGACUCGCGGCGCUAAACUCCCCAACUUCGCGUUACAAAUGAAAGAAUCUCAUUGGAAUAAGAAAGACGUGGAAACUAUAUACAGCAAUACGUGCGCCUCUAAGAAACAGAGCUCCCCAGACACAGACUCGGAAAAUGAAACGAAUGAAAGUAGCUCAAAUUCCCGCGACGCCAAAAAUAUUUCCGAUGUUUCCGACUCAGAGGAACCUGAACUCAAAAAGCUCAAGUUUAGAACAUACGAUCCUCUGCCCUCGGACAAUAAAUUGUUUGAAAAGGACACGGCGCCGUCUUGGAUGAAAGGUAAACUGAAAUUAUCCCCGAACCCAAUGGAUUGGUCCAUCGAGGACGUCCACACCUACCUGACGAGUACUGAAGACUGUAAACUGAUCGCAGAUAAGAUGAAACAGGAGGAAAUUGAUGGCCAAGCUCUAAUUAUGUUAGACUUGGAGACUAUCAAGGCUUUCUUACAUAUGAAGCAAGAUUUUGCUAUGCAACUGUGCAAACAUAUUACCAUGAUUAGGUAUUAUUAUGUAGUGAAUUUUGAAGAGAAUUGUGAAUCGUGAUACGUUCGUUCCUCCUAUACUAUUCCAUUUGUCUAGU